CUCAACUCGCGAGGGUUAUCGCUUAUCCAGAAAGCGCCCCUGCUUUCUGAGCCAGUACUGGGCAGAUACCGAAGAGAGGAGGGAAUCCCCUCCGCUACGCUCCAGGACCCCCGGGGGUUUGUAAAUGGUACUCGGCUGGAGCUUGUGCGCCACAACUGGCGGGAUCCGCACCAGGAAGCCGGCGGGGCUCUGCGCCAGGAAGCUUUUGCGGCACCAUCCAGUGAUCUCAGGACCGCAGAGGAAAGAGCCGACACGACAAGUGCAGCUGAGUUUUAACAGCUGAGCUCUCGACGCUGCUCCCACUUUCCAACAGAGUGCCCUGACGGAAAUAGCGUCAGUGAACUGCAUUUCUUGCGAUUCCCAGUCAGCGUUACCCAAAGCUGGAGCUCCGGGGAAAGAGCCAGUGGAGUUCACCGGCGAAGCUGGCUUCCCGUAUCGGGAAGAGUUGUGUUAUUCCUGAAGUUCAUUUAACUCUCUUCAAUGUUAUUCAACUGCAAGAGGUUUCUCCCACUGAAUACACAAUCAAGCUGAAAAUGAAUGAAGUUAUUCAAGAAUAAACGUUUUUCACUAAGAAGACUGCAAUCUAAUCAGGUAUGCCCACGUGCGACUGGCCUGCAGUUGGUGCCUGACAUCAGAAGUAAGAAGCAGGGUUUUAUGUCUCCAGGAACUCUGAAACAGACAGUUAGACAGCAGGGUGUUAUAAGGCAAGAUCAAAAGCUGUCUGUCUACUAUGGAAGGAAGUCCAGCAGAAUAUCCCACAAGUGUGAUCAGAAAUCCAGCGAGCUGGGAAAUGGGGAUCUAUGGAUCAGGAGUCCUGAUUAUCCUGGUGAUAGUUGGAGUGAACCUAUGGAAACUCUGGAAAUCUGGAAGUUACCCUGCACCAUCUCCUUUCCCAAACUAUGAUUAUAGAUACCUGGAACAGAAGUACGGGACAUCAUACUCUGAGGUUAGGCAAAAGAGAACAGCAGCCUCAAGUUAUAAAAAGCCAACAGAGAAAAGUUUCCCCAGCCAGCACUCGAGCCUCAGGAUAGAUGAAGCCUAUGAAAGCAUCAAUGAGCUUGGGACUCUGGAGCUAAUGACAAAGGAUGUAGAGCUGACAUCCUAUGGAUCCAUGAAGAAAUCCGUGUCUACGGACUCUCUGAGUUCCAUAUCUUCGAUUGGUAACAACUUUGGCCAUGAUUUCACUGUAGGCCAGAUUGAGAUGUACCUGGAGUACGACGUGAACUCAAACACCAUGCAUGUCACUCUGGUGCAAGGGAAGGAUUUGCUAGAGAAAGAAGAUGCCAAUUUUGAAUCUUGCUUCGUGCGCAUCAGCUUGUUGCCAGAUGAGCAGAUUGUCGGAAUUUCUCGGAUUCAGAGGAAUGCAUUCUCUGUGUUCUUCGACGAGAAAUUCUCCAUUCCACUGGACCCCUCUGCUCUCGAGGAAAACAGUCUUCGGUUUUCUGUAUUUGGAAUUGAUGAAGAUGAAAGAAAUAUCAGCACAGGUUUGGCAGAUCUCAAGCUAUCAGAUUUGGACCUCACCUGUCGAGCCUUCAAUGCCUGGCUUUAUUUACAGGAUGUCAAUAAGGCAACCGAUACAGUUGGAGAGAUCCUGCUCUCACUCAGUUACCUGCCCACCGCAGAGCGGCUGACAGUGGUAGUAGUGAAGGCCAAAAAUCUCGUCUGGAACAAUGGAAAGACCACCUCUGAUCCAUUUGUGAAAGUUUACCUCCUUCAAGAUACAAGGAAAAUAAGUAAGAAAAGAACCGCAAUCAAGAGAGAUGAUCCUAAUCCAGUUUUCAAUGAAGCCAUGAUAUUCUCAGUUCCUGCAAUUGUUCUGCAGGAAUUAUCCCUACGAAUAACAGUGGCUGAAUGCUGUGAAGAAGGAAGAACUGAGAAUAUAGGCCAUGUAAUCAUUGGACCCGAGAGCAGUGGGAUGGGGGCUAAUCACUGGAAUCAGAUGCUCGCAACGUUAAGGAAACCUGUCUCCAUGUGGCACGCUCUCCGAAAGAACUAAAGCGAGAAACUUCGAUGCGUCCUUAGCACUUGUAUAAGUCUUUUGCAUGAUGUUCACACUCUUAAACUUUAAUGCUGGUGCUUUGGCAAAUGCAACUCUGAGACACUAUUUUUCACUACACUCUAUCAGCCUAAUAGUGGGAAAUUGGUAGCAGGACAACAGAAGAUCAAAUUGCAGAUCAAAGUGAACUUGGCCUAAUAAAUUAAUGUAUCUGCUUGCUACUGGAGCUGCUGAGAAGCAGCCAACCCACUGAAUAUUUCAUAUAAAUGGUGCAUACAUAUAUAAAGUAUGGUCAUAGAUAUUAAAGAUGCAAUCUAUCUAAUGCUGCCACUUGUCAGAAGGCUAGUAUUCUGCAACAGCUCUAAACCCACAAAAAAUCUUAAACAUCAAUUUGAGAUUAAAUCCUUCCAAAAAUGCUUCCUUUUACAAAAUAUUUAUGCCAUUAUGGAGGGAAAGAGUGCCAAAUAUGACCACUAUGUAUUGCUUAAUAGUCCACACAAGUCAGCAGGGUCUUGAAUGUAUAAUACUGAACAUAAAGGAUAACAAGUUAUACAUGUUGCCCAAGAAACAAUGUGCAUAUUCUAGCAUUUUGCUAAGGUUUUUCUCCAGUUACUAAAGAGAACUCCAUGCUAUUUAUAUUGUAUGUAGAGCAGUAGAUUGGUGGGAUUAAUUGUGGUUCUAUGUGAUAAUGAGUUAGUUUGCAACAAACAUGUUCACAAGUUGUCCAUACAAAGAUAUAUAUUUGAAUAUUGUCUUGAGCAGUAGAUGGUGUUGAUUAGAUCAAACAAUUAUAUGUAUUUCCCAUUCUUUCCUGAUAAGUGUGAGAGAUGAAGAGUUGCAGAUAUAUUUUAUUGGACUUCUCCAACUUUUGGUUAUUUAAAAGCAAAACCAAGACAAAAAAUUGUUUUGAUCCGAUAGUCAUUUAUAUCAUUCUGACAAUUACCACAAUUUAGUUAGAAGAAACACUAGUUCCAAAAUAAAGAAUUGUAUUUGAGGUUUUCGCCUCAGUAGGAAAUAAUAUUCUCCCCCACCUUUAUUAAAAUAUUUAAAAGAAGCAUAUUUCAGAAGCUUCCUGUUAGAAUUUCAGUUGACACAACCUUUCUAAUACAUAUUGCAGAAACUUCUAAUGUAGAAAGGAAGGAAGGAGCAGGACCGGCAUAAACUCUUCUUUCCUUAAAAGUGUCUAAAUUACUCCUCAAUGCACCUUUGGUGCUUUGGGCCCUUGCUUUGGAACUUUAUAAGUGGAAAUGGCCACUUCAUCUUAUAAGAUUCUACUUGAGGGUAUUUUUGAUAGGGGAAGAAAUUGCUUUAUUGAUAGUCUGCAUUUCUAUUACAAUGUAGGCAAGAACAUAAAAAAAAUCUUUUAAAUAUGAUUAACUUCAUUAUAUCAAGGAGUGUUUCUAUCAGAAAAUCAAUCAGCAAAUGCCAUAUUAUAAGUGUGGAAAUACCGUACUGUCUGUGAGACGAGUUUGUACACUCUCUCCAUGGCCACAUGGGUUUUCUUUCAGUACUUCAGUUUCCUCCCACAGUCAAAAAACAUACUGGUUGUUUGGUUAGUUGGUCAUUGUAAACUGUCCGGUGAUAGGCUAGGCUUAAUCAGGUAAUGCUAUACAGCGUGGUAUAAGGGAUAGGAAGGGCCUACUCCAUGCUAUAUCUCAAUAAAUAAGUAAAACUAAAACAGGAUUGACAUAAACUCUGGUUCUCUCCUUGUAAGGCUGUGCACCCUCUCCAUUAUUCUGUAGGAUUAAGACAUAAUUUUAACCCAAGAACCUCAGAGAGUGAACUGUUGUGAUAACGAAUCAGCAAUAAUUAAAUCAGAUGUAUUAAAAAUGUCAUGCCUAUGUUAGAUCAGCCUGUUCAGAUAUUGAAAUUGUUGCAGUACUAUUCUGCAGGAUUCUUGAUGAUAACCUUUGCAGUUUCAAGAAACAACUGUAAGAAAAAAGAAGGGUGUGAGAAACCAUUCCAUAAUUAGUUAUAUGUCCAGUUACCAAUGUCUUGUACAUUACAACUGAGUAGGCUCCACUGACUGAUAGAUCAACGGUAUGUUUGUUUCCCACUUCACUCCAGCCUGAAUGAUUAGAACAGCCUACUCUUUGACAUUAAACAAGUACUUAUAACUAAAGAAAAGUCCAAAUAAAGGUCACCAUUACAGGUUUAAUUAAUUUUAUAUAUACUUCUGAGUGAGCAAUAUCAGAGUUAGAGAAGUAAAUCUCCAAGCUGCUGUUGGUCAGCGUGGAUUUUGUGAAGCAAAGGAGCUUCUCCAUGUUCUUCGGCUCUGACUCGAAGUAUCCAAUAUUGAAAGAAUGAGUAUUCAAACAUGAUGACCAGGUCAACAUGACAAUGUUUUUACGUUCCAGUGCUUCUGUGUUUGUCCACUGCAUUUACCUACGUGUAGAUUUUGAGAACUCUGUUUAAUCAUUAGUGCUAGUAACUCACUGAGAACACAUUGGGUAACUAAGUUUCCUAAAAUAAUGGCUCAAGGUUUUUUGGAUUUAACUGGAAGAGCAAAUCUAAUUUGUAUGUUGGUUUGGAUUAUAGCUCCAAUCCAGAGCUGACAAGAUUGCUAUUUUUCUCAUGUCAUAUGAUGAAAGAAAUCCUCUGUUUCCACUAAAUAUAAAUA